UAAGGUCACUGAUGUGUGAAGCAAGCACUGUUGCAUCAGUACGUUCUGCUAUCCUGUAGGUUACAGUGAAGCUGAUUGGUGCAGAGGGAGAGAGUGACACACACAACCUCACAGAUCCCGAUAAGCCAGUGUUUGAGAGAGGAGCUGUUGAUGUGUUCCUGUUGGCCGCACCCUUCCCUCUGGGUGAAGUGCGAAACCUCAGGCUGCAGCACGACAACUCUGGAGGUCACCCAUCAUGGUAUAUAAACAAGGUGACCGUACAAGACCUCCAAACACGGCACAUGUGGCACUUCUUUUGUGAAUGCUGGCUGAGCGCUGACCGUGGAGACGGCAUGACCAAGAAAACUUUCAAUGCCGCUAAGAACAACGAGAUUGCCAGCUUCAGGAACAUUUUCCAGACCAGAACAUCAACUGGUUUUAGGGAUGAGCACAUUUGGGUGUCCAUAGUGGAUCCUCCCUCACGUAGUCCCUUCAACCGUGCCCAGAGGGUCUCCUGCUGCAUGAGUCUGCUCCUCUGCACCAUGGCCAUCAACAUUGCCUUCUGGAACAUUCCUGUAGAUGAGGACUCACCAGUACUUUUUUCUUUAGGUUCACUGCAAAUCACCUGGCAGGAGAUCAUAGUGGGGGUGGAGAGUGGUCUCCUCAUGUUUCCGAUCAACAUCCUCAUCAUCACCAUCUUCCGAAGCAUCCGACCUCGCGUCAUUUCAAAGUCUAAAAAAGACUCUGAGGACUUGAGACCCCCUGCAGUUAACAUGCCAACUAUUCUGAAGGAUACAGAGGAGGUGAUUUCUAUGGUGAGCAAAAGUCCGAGGAACAAGAUGUCAGAGAUACACAGGCUGGAGUCCACCGCAGACCUCUUCCCUGCCUUGGACAGGGUGAAUGAAUUAAUCCUACAUAUGCAAGGGGAGAGUGAGAGUGACCGUCACUGGGUGUACUGCAGCAAGUUCCUGCUAGCUGGUCUCUGUCACCUCCUGAUGGGCCUGGAAAAAUUGGACGCAAAACACUUCCCGAGUCCACAAGAGUACCAGUGGGCCCUGAACGUCACCAAUGUGCUGGUUCGCAAGGCUGAGAUGGUCUUCAGCUGCCACUUGGCCUACUGCCCGCCUCCCGUGAGGAAGAAGAAGAAGUCAGCGAGCUGCUGGCUGCCCUGGUGGUGUGUGUUCCUGGGCUGGUUCCUGCUGCUGUCCAUCAGCGGAGUGUCCACUUUCUUCACCCUGCUGUACGGCUUUCAGUACGGCAAAGAAAAGUCCAUCAAGUGGGUCAUGUCUCUGGGCCUCUCCCUCUUCCAGAGCAUCUUUAUACUGCAGCCUCUCAAGGUGAUAGGCGUUGCUGUGUUUUUCGCCCUGCUGUUGAAACCUGUAGCUGUGGAGGAGAAUGAGGAAAUUGAGCAAUUGCUGUUAGGUAAGAAAAACAUAAUGCAGUCCAUCUUUUACCACAGCGGGUACAGGCUGCUAGCUGAUAGUAAAGUGCUAUACUCAGAAAAUUUCAUGUCUGGCUCUUUAUGAACACUGUUUCAUGCAUUAUGUAAGAAGGUUGCAGCUCUUUCCUUUCUUUGCCUUUAAUAUUGUCUGUGUUCAUCUGCUGCCUGCAAUGUUUUGUACUGCAGUGCAACCAGUAUUUAGUCUAUGUUUUUUUGUCAUCCUUAAAACAGGUUCAGUCUAAUCACUCUCAUUAGCAGUUUUCAUCAACCAUAAUAUAAAAGAUGAUAAUGUAUCAGUGACAUGUUUUUCUGCUGCCACCUCCAACAUCUUGGAGUAGCAGAAUGGCCUUUAAAUAAACCUCAGAUACUGGAUUGCAAAAUAGCCUCUAAAUUUAAUUUAACACAUCAAUUGUUUAGUCCAAACUACUAAUUCAUAUUUCAUAAAGCAGACAGAUGUAUCCAUUCCAUUUUGUUUCAGGGUGACUGCAGAGAGCUCUUAUGUAAUGAUGCAUAUGAAACAGUAAAACUAUUUGCUUUGACAACUCUAAACUAGUGACCCUUUUAGUUUCCUGCCUCUCCCAAGUGACUUUUCUCCCUUAAGUGUAUCAGUGCAUCCUUUCUUCAGUUUAAGAGGAGUAAAGUACUGUGAGUCUCACUGCACUGUCUUCUCCAUUUAACAGAGCAACAAGACAGGUGUAGACAGUACUCUGGGAGACACACGCUGUGAGGAGGCUGCAUUUAGCGGAAUAAGCUGUCUUCUCCGACGGGCGCAGCUUCAAUUCACGGCACCCUCGCUUCUUUAACACUCUUUUGCACUUAUUGGAAGUUUUACUUUCUGAAUAUAAAAUUGCAUAGCACAUUCUGGUGUUUUGCAUGUGUACAGUUUCCAAAGCCUGAGAAAGGUUUCUGAAAUGGUGAGUCUGGGUGAAUGUUGCGCUUGCAUGUCAAAGUGUUUCUGUUUCCAAGUCCUUUACAAUCCAUUAUGAUGUACAUAAAGAAAAUCUCUUGUUGCUUAUUUUAAAUAGCUUUGUUCAAACGUGGAUACACUUUUCACUUUGUUCACUGUCAACAUACACAAAAAGCUGUGCUCAGUCCAGUAAACAUAAUCAACAGAAUAGUAGAAUCAUUGAGGGUCUGUACAGUUAUACUAUAUAAAGUCUUCAUUAAUUUGUUGUUGUUGUUGUUCCAUUAUUCUUCUAAAUGACAUUUCAAAUACUCGAAACACCUCAUCAAAAGAGGAGUAACUGAAUCCAUCUUCUUUUAGCCUGAAAAUAAUAAAAGCUUGUGAUAUUUAUUGUUGGUACAAAUGACAGCCACAGCCUAUAUCGACUGGUGUCAACACGACUAGUCUUCACAGCGUAUGUCGGCAAACCAUCGACUGUACACAAACACGGACUUUCCCUUAUAGAAGAAUGGGAAGGUACCUUUAUGUAAUUGCACAUAUGGGACCUAAUUAUUAAUUGAUCACUUUUUGUCAUCUCACCUCCAUCACUGUAAUACAUGCUGAAGGUACAGGUCAUGACUUUUUAUCAUAUAUGUCUACUUCUAUGUGAGUCAGUCUGUCCUCCCUUUGAAUGAUUUAUGUAACAGACCUAACUACAUUCAAGUUUGUGCUCUUGGUUUGGGACAUUUUGAUGCCCUGUCUUAUAUCUCCUGUGCUUUUAUGUUAUCAGAAACGAUUGUUUGAUCUAUUAAUUUAUUGUUCAUUUAUUGAUAACGUAUGUAUUGUUUGUGUGAGUUCAAAUAAACGGAUAAGAGCUACAGACACACAGU